AUACAAAAAAUAAAGAAAAAUAAAAACUAUCACUCUCUCUCUCCUCCUUUCCCCUCUAUUUAAGACCCUCCCAAAUCCCACACUAUAUUCCCAUUGUUCGAUCCUUGUACGUUGCGGCUUCUCUCUGCCAUUUCCAUUAGCUUCUCUCUGUCUCUGUUCCAUCCGCUUCGUUCAAAUCUCCGCCUCCAUUGAUUUCCGUAGUUGUUUUGUUCCUAUCCUGAAGAAGAAACGAAAUGGAGUACGGAGAUGGUGAUCAGCAGCAUAACGGUCUCAGCCAGAAAUAUGAUUGUCUCCUAUUCGAUGUGGAUGAUACACUAUAUCCAUUGAGUUCUGGUCUGGCGCCAAAAGUUGCAAACAAUAUUCAAGAUUACAUGACUGAAAAGCUCGGCAUCAUGGAAAAUAAGGUCCAAGAGUUGUGCCUAUCACUCUAUAAAUACUAUGGCACCACAUUAGCUGGCCUCCGGGUAUGUAUGAAUGGCAUUGUCUUAAUUGAAUGUUGUAGCUUUGUACAUGGACGAUUGCCUUAUGAUACCUUGAAGCCAGACCCAGUUCUAAGGAACCUCUUACAGAGCUUGCCCAUCCGCAAAGUGGUGUUCACCAAUGCAGACAAAGCUCAUGCGGACAAGGUACUGAACAGGCUGGGACUGGAGGACUGCUUUGAACAGAUCCUGUGCUUCGAAACUUUAAACGAUUCCACCAAAGGGAAUGAUGCCGUGGAAGACGAAGAAGCAGCUGAAGUCUUCGACAUCAAUGAGUACAGUGCUGCUCCUAACGCUGGCAUAUCUCUCCCCAAGUCGCCUGUUGUCUGCAAACCUUUCGAAGAAGCUUUCGAAGAGGUCUUCAAGAUUGCUUCCAUCAACCCUAAUCGAACGUUGUUUUUCGACGACAGCCUUCGUAACAUCCAGACGGGGAAAAGAAUGGGACUGCACACUGUGAGGGUGAGCAAUGACAGAAACGUUCUGCUAUAGUGCCAUACCAUUGGAAUCUGUUUGGUUGGCGACAUACUAAUUUGUAUUUUGGUUCAGGUUGGCACUUCCAAUCGAACUGAAGGUGCGGAUUACGCCCUGGAGAGCAUCCACAAUAUCAAGGAAGCUCUGCCAGAGCUGUGGGACACAGCAGCCACUGAUAAAACAGAUGGGAUGAGAUACUCCACAGAAGUUGCUAUUGAGACUGAAGUGAAGGCCUAGGAUUUUGUUUGUACUUAGUCUGGAAUCUGGAUCCAGCUAAUGAUCCACCAGCCUGCUGCCUCAUUUACGAAGUGCCGCCUAAUUAUUGUUAGUAACCUGUAUCUUUCGUCUUUAGCAGUUUAUGUCAACCUUCAGCUGUAUGGAUUAUGGUAAAAUGGCUCGUAGAAGCUUUAGCUUGCAGUCCAUUUUGGACUCUUAUGUACAAUUUAAACUUCUAUUAUUAUCAUUAUUAAGAUGAUGAUUAGUACUA